AUGGAGAUCGAAUCUGUGAGAUGUGAGUGUUGCGGUUUAAUGGAAGAUUGCACACAAGACUACAUUCGUGAGGUCAAAUCUAACUUCGACAACAAAUGGCUCUGUGGUCUCUGCUCUGAGGCCGUGAGAGACGAAGUGAUUCGCCGGAAGAUGAAGACCGUUGAUGAAGCUGUUAGAGCCCACGUGUCGUUUUGUGGUAAGUUUAAAGACAAUCCGGCGGUUAAUGUCGCCGACGGCAUGAGGCAGAUGCUAAGGAGGAGAUCCGGUGACAUGACUCCCUCUGCCUCCAAGAAGUUCGGUUGA